UUUCCGGUAUAAAAUGUUUGUUUUGAGCUGCAGUUUACUGAGUUUAAUGACUUAGUCUAACUCUAAAUCUAAGGAAGUUAUUUUUUUUUUGGAUUUAGGCCUAAUUAAUGAAAAGCCUGGUUCUUGUAACGAUGUGAGCAGACGACGGCUGUUGAGUGCAGCAUCAUGGAUGAGUUAGGCGUGACCUCCACCACAAGUUCGCCUCACGAGCCUAAGGCCAGGUUCAGGCCGGAGGAGCUGCUCGUGAUAGCCUUCACCUUGUGGGUCAUCUUCUCCAACCUCGUCAUCAUCCUGGCCAUACUCAGGAGUGAGUACAGGAGAAAGAUCAGCUUCAACUUGCAUGUGUGUAACCUGUGUGUGGCGGGGCUGGUCAUGGGGGUGCUGGUCAUGCCCCUGUUGACCGAGUACAGACUCCGGAACCAGUGGAUCCACGACGAGCAGCUGUGUAGGAUCUGGCUGAUUGCAGACAUGGCCGUCUGCACCGUGUCCAUCCUGGCCAUCGUGGCCAUCAUCUUUGACAGAUUCGUCCUCUUCUCCUGUCCCUACUUUGCUGAGGGCGCCUGCAAGUACGUCAUGACGUCAGUCCUCAUCAUGCUCACCUGGGCAGGUGGGCUGGGCAUCAUUGUGCCCAUUUAUAUCUACGGAGAAACAGGGACCGGGGUGAACUCAGCUGAAGGCUAUUGCUUCCUACACUUGAACAAACCUUUCUCCCUCAUCAUUGAGUUGGCUGGGUAUGCAGUCCCAGCAGUCAUUUCUGUCGGGUUGCUCAUAGCAACCACAAUAACAUUUUUCCAGAAGCGAGAUGAGUUACGGGACUUGGAGUUCAGUGACGAGCGAGAACACAAGGGCUGGCAGGUCCUGAUGCUGUGGGUCAUUUGCUUCUCAGUGCUGGUCAUGUGGUUUCCAUUUGUCCUCAUCCACGUCCUCUUCUUCUUCUUGACCAGCACCUCAACACUCUUGGACUGGCUGACCUUUGCCAUGUGGUUAUCUUAUGCUAAUUCAGGUAUUAACCCCCUCCUGUGGAUGAUAACACCCAAGCUGCGUCAGAGUGUCAAGGCUUUGUUCUGCUGCUGUCGCAAGCAUCAGCGCUAUGAAGAUAACGACUUUGUGUUUGACGAGGAGGCCAACUCCGCCAUGGUGGAGUUCCAAGAAAAAAUAUGAUGUAACAAUUGAUCAUUCACAUAAAGUAAACUUUUUUUAUAUGAUGUAACAAUUGAUCAUUCACAUAAAGGAAACUUUUUUUUACAUGAUGUAACAAUUGAUCAUUCACAUAAACUUUUUUUAUAUGAUGUAACAAUUGAUCAUUCACAUAAAGUAAACUUUUUUUUACAUGAUGUAACAAUUGAUCAUUCACAUAAACUUUUUUUAUAUGAUGUAACAAUUGAUCAUUCACAUAAAGUAAACUUUUUUUACAUGAUGUAACAAUUGAUCAUUCACAUAAAGGAAACUUUUUUUUACAUGAUGUAACAAUUGAUCAUUCACAUAAACUUUUUUUAUAUGAUGUAACAAUUGAUCAUUCACAUAAAGUAAACUUUUUUUUACAUGAUGUAACAAUUGAUCAUUCACAUAAACUUUUUUUAUAUGAUGUAACAAUUGAUCAUUCACAUAAAGUAAACUUUUUUUUACAUGAUGUAACAAUUGAUCAUUCACAUAAAGGAAACUUUUUUUUACAUGAUGUAACAAUUGAUCAUUCACAUAAAGUAAACUUUGUUUUACAUGAUGUAACAAUUGAUCAUUCACAUAAAGUAAACUUUUUUUACAUGAUGUAACAAUUGAUCAUUCACAUAAACUUUUUUUUUACAUGAUGUAACAAUUUAUCAUUCACAUAAAAUAUUUUUUUUUUUACUUUCAGUUACAGUGAUAAUUUAAAGCAAUACUGCUUUACAUUUUUAACAGCUUAACUGGUACAUUUGAACUGUUUUAUUUGAACUGGUGGGGAUCUAAAACCAAGUAAAGAGAUGUUUUAAAGAAGUUUAUUUUGUUCUGUAGCUUUAGUUUGACCAGCUACUUCUGUACACCAUUCCACAAGAACAGGUUUUUUGUUGAAUGUUCAGGUGAGGCAGGUGGCCAUUUGAUUGACAGGUUGUGCAAGGUGAUUCUAUUUUUAUAUUGCAUUUUGAAACUGUGAAAUACUCUAUACUCUCCAUACAAGUCAGAUGUCGUCUAUUUUCUUGAUGUUGUGAUCCUGAAAUAUUUCUCAGCUUGCUAGUGGUCAGACUUGAGAUGUUUUUAGACACAGCAAGAGUUUACACUUGUUUACAUUUUUACUUUCUCGUAUAUACGAAGUAUAGAGAAAGUCUUGUAAUCGUGCAAAAAAAAAAUCUUGACGUUUUACACCUCACUGAUACGGAAAAACAUAAUUUUGCAAUCUUGUCCGUAUGUCUGUGUGUGUGUAAACACGAUAACUUGAGUACCGUUACAGCUAGGUUGUUGAAAUUUCAUAUAUAAGUAUUUUAUCAAUAUCGUAGAUCCGUAUCAACUUUUGAGGGACUUCCAAUAACUGGAAGUGGUACUUUUUCUACUUUGAAUUUUUCAAAAGCCUAUAACUUGAGUACUAUUUCAGAUAGAUAAAUAAAAUUUCACAUGUAAGUAAAUGAUCUAAUUCUCUACCUUCUAUUCUAUCAAAUUUUGAGUAGUUUCCGGAAGUAGUAAUUUACGCUAUUUCUAAUUUCUCAAAAAACGCAUGUAAAUUUAUAAAGUACUAAUAAUAUUGCGCACUAUUAUGCCCAUCUUUAUUUGGCGUUCACUUGAUGUACAAUUCUUUUUCCACGAGAUUUUACUCUAUUUUAAAAAGUUUAAGUAUUUAAAAUGGAUUAAAAAUCAUGCCUAUAUCCCGAGUUCCCAUCCCCUGUUGUUUUAUAUAAGAAUAUUUGAGAAAGUUUAGGGGAGAUCACUCCCGGUUUAUUUAAAAAGUUUUUUUGUUUUAGAAUCAAAUAUGUAUCUAGUGUCAAUUGAUUUCCUCUUGUAUAUUUAUUGUUAUUAUCUUAUUUCUGUCAAUAACAAACCAAUUUCAUCAUAGAUUAUUGAUAUUUACACAAUUCUUUUUCUUGUGUGUAGAUUUGAAUAGAUUUUCAUUAUUAGAGAAAAAAAAAGGAACUCAAAAAUAACCUUUAUUGUACAAAAAUCCUAUGCUUGAUUUAGGACAAAACUUUUGUUAUUCAUAAAUCUAUUUCUUUCUAAUUUUAGCAAAUAGCUGUUUUAGCAGAUUUGUUAAUUUAUAACAAUAGCUAUGCAUUUUUUCUAUUGAAUGUUUACUAGUUGUUUUUGUAAGUUGUUAGCAAAUCUAAGUUUGAAGUGCCUCUUGUAGAUUUGUGUUGGUACUGCAGCAUUCAUUCACAACAUCAUUACAUGCUAGUUCAUUCACAUUACAUGCUAGUUCAUUCACAACAUCAUUACAUGCUAGUUCAUUCACAACAUCAUUGCAUGCUAGUUCCAUCACAACAUCAUUGCAUGCUAGUUCAUUCACAACAUCAUUGCAUGCUAGUUCAUUCACAACAUCAUCGCAUGCUAGUUCAUUCACAACAUCAUUACAUGCUAGUUCAUUCACAACAUCAUUGCAUGCUAGUUCCAUCACAACAUCAUUGCAUGCUAGUUCAUUCACAACAUUACAUGCUAGUUCAUUCACAACAUCAUUAUAUGCUAGUUCCAUCACAACAUCAUUACAUGCUAGUUCCAUCACAACAUUACAUGCUAGUUCAUUCACAAAAGCAUUACAUGCUAGUUUGUUCACAACAUCAUAACAUGCUAGUUUAUUCACAACAUCAUUACAUGCUAGUUUAUUCACAACAUCAUUACAUGCUAGUUCAUUCACAACAUCAUAACAUGCUAGUUCAUUCACAACAUCAUAACAUGCUAGUUCAUUCACGUUACAUGCUAGUUCAUUCACAACAUUACAUGCUAGUUCAUUCACGUUACAUGCUAGUUCAUUCACAACAUCAUUACAUGCUAGUUCAUUCACAACAUCAUUACAUGCUAGUUCAUUCACAACAUCAUUACAUGCUAGUUCAUUCACAACAUCAUAACAUGCUAGUUCAUUCACGUUACAUGCUAGUUCAUUCACAUCAUAACAUGCUAGUUCAUUCACGUUACAUGCUAGUUCAUUCACAUCAUAACAUGCUAGUUCAUUCACGUUACAUGCUAGUUCAUUCACAUCAUAACAUGCUAGUUCAUUCACAACAGCAUUACAUGCUAGUUCAUUCACAACAUAAUUGCAUUCUAGUUCAUUCAUAUUAUUACAUGCUAGUUCUUUCACAUUAUUACAUGCUAGUUAUUGACUGUUAUAGUUUCAGUACAUGCUAGUUCAUUCAAUGUUAUUCAUUCAUUACAUGAUAAAUUCCAUGUUAUAACUUCAUCACAUUGUAGUUCAUUCACUGUUAUAACCUCAUUAAAUGAUAGUUCACAAUCUCAGUCUACUAUAGGCAGGGUAUCACAACUGAAAUUAUUCUAACUAUAUUUCUAUCAUGUUUCUGCAACUGUUCAAAUAUUUAUCUAUUGUGUAUAUGUACCUGUACUAACCCAAAUAUUUAUAUCUAUUGUGUACAUGUAAGUGUACUAAUCCAAAUGAAACCAAAGUAACAAGCGUACAAUAAUUUAAAGAAAAACCACAUCAGCUUUAAUUGCAAUAUUUUUUUACUAGCCAUCUCUAAUUUAGCCAGCUAGCACCUACAUGUCCAGCUAGCGCUAUAUAGCCAGCUCCUGUGGCCCUAGAAACAGACAAACCCAGAAUCCAGACUCCACAGAAAUAGAUCCCCUAAAAAACACCCUCAUUUUUCCUGUAACACAGCAGCUGAUGUUUACAAUCAAUUUUAGGCUGCUCUGCAGUGGUCUAAAUUUAGCCUUGGGUGGUCCCUGAGAUUAUACUCUAAAUAUAGCUUUAGGUAGACCCUGAGAUUAUGUUCUAUAUAUAGCCUAGGGUAGUCUCUAAGAUUAUGCUCUAAAUAUAGCUUUAGGUAGACCCUGAGGUUAUGUUCUAUAUAUAGCCUAGGGUAGAUUAUGUUAUGCUUAUCAUUCCUGUAUUAAUAUAGAAGUGUCUUCCAAUAUACACAAGAAUGUUGUUUCAAAUGUUUUUUCUAUACUCAACUUGAAUGUACUCAACUUGAUUAAUUCAUAAUUUUUAUCUUAUACUCAUAGCCCUGCAAUUAUUUUUAAAAGUUUUGUGACAGACUUACAUCUAUAUUUUAAACAAAAAACUGAAAAUAAGGGGAACAUUUUUACUGUUAUAUAUUUAAACAUUUUGUAGCCAUACAAUGUACCUUGAUAUUUCUAUUUUUUUUGUAUUUCUAGUUUAGGUUUUUAACAUAAACAUAACCUGUAUUUCAAAUGGUAACAUUUCUAAUAACUCAUCAGAUAUCUUCAGAUCAGAUUGUCUUAUGAAUGUUUAAAAAGUUGAGGUCACUGUUGAAAUUGUAUUUUUUUAUAAAAUGAGGAUAAUCAGUUUUCUUCCUCAAUAUUUCAUUGGUCAACUUUAAUAUGUUCAACAAUAUUUACCAGGUGUAAACAGGUGAAAUUUACUUUGUUAAAAAGUCAGCAUUUUUUACUCUUGACAUUUAGUUGGAAAUGUUAGGUGUGUUUAGUGUAACUUUUUUUUUGUUGAGGGAGAGUGACAUGCAAGGGACAUAAUCCAUCAGUUUUAUUGGGAACGAAAGCCUUUGCCUGCAAGUAAACAGCAAAAGUUUUGUUAUGGUCAUGUAUUGCUUCUAGAAUGUUACAGUUACCUACGUGUGAGUUAGAAUGGUCCCAGUUUCUGUGUCAUGUCAUAAGAACACACAAACUACAAGAAAUAAAACUUUUUACAGUAGAAAUUUGAGGGCUUGUAAAAUGAUAUCAAUUCAUUGAUAGAUAGAAAGCAAAAAAAAAAUGUGGGGGG